AUGGAGAAGGCACAAUGGCAGGAGUGCUCUGAGCCCAAGCCAUGUGCACAGCCCUUGGACUCUGGAGACGCAGCCUCAGCCUCCAAGGGUAGCCGUGGACUCUGGAAACCUGAGAAUCCAGACUUCUUCUCACCCAUGGAGGAUGACCAGGAAGAUGCUCUUCCAAGGCACCUUAGUGAGAGCACCGAAGACCUCAGUCUGGAUAUGGGAGCCCUUCAGGGCAGCGAGUACCUCCGGGAUCUGGGCUUAGGGGCCCCUUCCGACCACCAUCAGUCUGAAGUGGCUGUGGAUCCCGAGACCCCCAGAAAAGAAGUCAGAAGAGAGACCCUCUGCUCAAGCGAUGCAGUAAAUCCAGCCCUGCCUCAGAGACGAAGCUGGGAGAGGCCACGGAGUUGCUCAGAGGGUUGUCGAAGGCUUAGCCUCGAUGCCUCCACGGUGGACGAAGGAGCCUGUCUCCCCCGGACUCUUGCUAGCCUUGCUCUGAAUCUGUCUGGAGAGGGGCAGAAGUCUUGGACCCAAGUAUGCUUACCUGACAGUGAGAUCCCAGAAGAACCCUCAAGUAAGGAAUGUAGCAGCCCUGAGAAAAGGCUAAGAUCCAAGUCAGUGCCUGUGUCCUGUGAGGAGAUCAGCUGUCUGGAACUGGCUUCUGGCUCAGACGAGUCCCCUGCACCUGUGCAAGGCCUUGAACCACCUGUGCUGGAAUGCCUGGAAAAGGAUCACGUGGAGCCAGACCAUGUGUUGAUAGUACAACAAGUGCUUCAGGAACUUCGACAGUACCAUGGGGCCCGUCAGCGAGCUCACAAGUCCACCAGCCCUGUUGGAGCCCACUCCAGCCUCACCUGGUUUGAGUUCUUGUCUGAGAGUGAGGAUGGUGCAGGCAAGAAUGAGAAGACAGACAGGAGCACCAGAGUGAAGCGUAGCCUGAGCUCCCUCCGAAGCAGGGUCACCAGGCAGAAGGAGAAGGGGAAGAGCCCUGCACACCUAAAGGAUAAGCUUCAGGAUUCUCCAGGGAGGCGGGAGUGUGUCAACGGGCACCAGCUGGUUCGAGGAACCUUCGUGGGUUACUCUAACUGUCCUCUGUGUGGCAAACCUUUGCUGAGUUCAGCCUCUCUGAAGGAGCACCCUCGGAGCACACUCCUGUCUGAUGGCAGCAGCCCGGCUCCUUCCAGGAAUGUCGGCAUGACCGUCUCUCAGAAAGGGGGUCCCCAAUCAGCACCAAGCCCAGCCGGUUCUGGGGUACGACUUGGACCAGUCGCUGGAGACAUGGAUGAAGCCGACUCCGUGUUUUUAAAAUUGAAGCAGACGGCCGAUGACUCUCUGUCACUCACGUCCUCGAAUGCUGAGUCUGUUUUCAUAGAAGAUCCUUACAUUGCCUCACUUAGGUGUGAGAUUGAAUCAGAUGCCCAUGAAUUUGAGGCCGAGUCCUGGAGCCUCUCUGUGGAUUUAGCAUAUGCCAAGAAACAAAAGAAGGAGGUGGUAAAAAGACAGGACGUCCUUGUCAAGCUGACUCAAACCUCUAUGGCGCACCAUGUGCGCACGCUCAAGAUCAUGCUGAAAGUGUACUCCAGAGCCCUGCAGGAGGAGCUGCAGUUCAGUGGCCCGGCAAUCAGCCGCCUGUUCCCGUGUGCUGAUGACCUCCUGGAAAUGCACAGCCACUUCCUUGCCCGCCUCAAGGAGCGCCGGCAGGAGUUCCUGGAGGAGGGCAGUGACCGCAAUUAUGUCAUCCAGAAGAUCGGGGAUGUCCUGGUCCAGCAGUUCUCAGGGGAAACCGGAGAGAGAAUGAAAGAGAAAUAUGGUGUGUUCUGUAGUGGCCACAAUGAUGCUGUCAGUCACUACAAGUUACUGCUGCAGCAGAGCAAGAAGUUUCAAAACUUAAUCAAGAAAAUUGGAAACUUCUCCAUUGUGCGACGGCUGGGAGUUCAGGAGUGUAUCCUUCUGGUCACACAGCGUAUAACCAAGUACCCAGUCCUGGUGGAGCGCAUCAUCCAGAACACAGAAGCUGGCACUGAGGACUACAAAGACCUGAGCCAGGCCCUGAACCUCAUCAAAGACAUCAUCUCACAAGUAGAUGCCAGAGUCAGUGAGUAUGAGAAGGGCCAGCGCCUCAGGGAGAUCGCAGGCAAGGUGGAUCUGAAGUCGUCCAGCAAACUCAAGAAUGGACUCACCUUCCGCAAGGAGGACAUGCUGCAGCGCCAGCUCCACCUGGAAGGCACCUUGUGCUGGAAGUCCACAUCAGGGCGCUUAAAAGACGUCCUCGCUGUCCUCUUGACUGAUGUGCUGUUGCUACUGCAAGAAAAGGACCAGAGAUACGUGUUCGCUUCUGUGGACUCAAAGCCACCUGUCAUCUCUCUGCAAAAGCUCAUUGUGAGAGAGGUGGCCAAUGAGGAGAAGGCCAUGUUUCUGAUCAGUGCCUCCAUGCAAGGUCCAGAGAUGUAUGAGAUCUAUACCAGUUCCAAAGAAGACAGGAACACUUGGAUGGCCCACAUCCGCCGAGCCGUUGAGAGCUGUCCUGAUGAGGAGGAGGGCCCUUUCAGUGAGACUGAGGAAAGAAAGAUGACUGAAGCCCGUACCAUGAGACUCCGGGACUUCCAAGAGCGACUGAGCCUGAAGGACCAGAUGAUCGCCCAGAGCCUUCUGGAGAAGCAGCAGAUCUACCUGGAGAUGGCUGAGCUGAGUGGCUUGGAGGAGUCAGCCCACUGCCGAGGCCUCUUCCGAGGAGGCGGGGACCCCUCUGAGACCCUUCGAGGGGAGCAGAUUCUCAGAUCAGCCAUGAGUGAGAUUGAGGGCAUCCAGAGCCUGAUCUGCCGGCAGCUGGGCAGCACCAGUGGCCAAGUGGAGGAGGGAGGUGUCUCUGCAGGCCUACCUCGGAGGGCUGAGACCUUCGGGGGCUAUGACAGUGUGGGCAGCCCCAGCAAGAGUGGCAGCUUUAAAAAGAAGAUGUGCAGCAACGACCUCAGGCCCCAAGACUGGCAGGGGCCUUCUGGCAGCCCAGACUCCAAACCCUGUGACAGCCCCACCCCCAGUGGCUGUGAGGAGUCACCUCAGACCGUGGAGAUGCCUAGCGCAGAGAGUAGCUCAUGUCUGCCCACUGUCCUGGAGUCAGAGCUGGUCCACCGGGUCCAGACACUGUCUCAGCUGCUUCUUAGUCUCCAGGCGGUCAUCGCCCAACAGGACAGCUAUGUGGAGAUGCAGCGAGUGGCCAUCCAGGAGCGCGAGAAGCAGUUCCGGCUGCAAUCAACACGUGGGAACCUGCUGCUAGAGCAAGAGCGGCAGCGCAACUUCGAGAAGCAGCGUGAGGAGCGCGCAGGCGUGGAAAAGCUGCAGAGCCAGCUGCGCCAGGAGCAGCAGCGUUGGGAGCGGGAACGUGCACGCCAGCAGCAGGAAUUGGAGCUGGCAGGUGCGAGACUGCAGGAGCGAGAGGGCGAGGCACGCCAGCUACGUGAGAGGCUGGACCAGGAGCGCACAGAACUAGAGCGGCAACGCCAGGCCUACCAGCAUGACCUGGAGCGUCUACGCGAGGCCCAGCGUGCAGUAGACCGAGAACGUGAGCGCCUGGAGCUGCUGCGCAGGUUCAAGAAACAGAACACUGUACCCGGGGCACUGCCCCCAGAGGUGCUGGCAGAGGCCCAGCCCACAAGCCAUCCUCCCAGUUUCAAUGGGGACGGACUGGAGGGGCGCUUGGCUCUAGCCAAAACACCAGGGACCCAAGGGAGCAUGCUACUACCUGGCACAGGACCUGAGUACAUAGAACGACCUGAGGUGGCCCGCUGGGACAGUGUCCCCGCUGAGAGCCGGACAGCCAAGAGUGAUGUGCCCAUCCAGCUGCUCAGUGCCACCAACCAGAUUCAGAGGCAGACAGCCGUGCAACAGCAAAUCCCCACCAAGCUGGCUGCCUCCACCAAGGGUGGCAAGGACAAAGGCAGCAAGAGCAGGGGCUCCCAGCGUUGGGAGAGCUCAGCAUCCUUCGACCUGAAGCAGCAGCUGCUUCUCAACAAGUUCAUAAGCAAGGAUGAGAAUUCGUCACGAAACCGCCGGUCACUGAGUCCCAUCCUACCCGCCACCCAUGGAUCUGCACCUGUCCCAGACCCCUGCCUCCCAAGCCCAGCCCCAGCUGCCACGUCCCCUGAGGCCUUCUUCAAGUCCGGAAGCACAUCCCUGCCACCUGCAUCCCCAUCCCCCUCACUGCCAACCACACCACUCACCGCCAAGGAUGAAGUUGGCAAGGAAGAUGUCAUCUUCUUCUGAGGGGGCCAUGGCCCAAGAGCAGAUCUCCUGUCCUGAUAACCCUUUGUCUCUGGGGAUCCCAUGGGUGACUGUUACUGUCUGGCCAUCCCCUUCCCCUGCCUGAGCAUCCCCAGGCACUUGCUCAUCUGAGGUUGUCCUGUUAGUGUCGGGUCUCACAGCUCUCUGUAGAAUUAGUGGUAGCCUCUUGAACCUUUUUAUAUAUGUACAUGUAAACAAAGUUGUUUAAAACUGAAAGUCGAACUCCAGCUAAACCACAGAACUGUUUUAAACCCUGAGAUAGACAGCACAGAGCUGGGGAGCCAGGACACAAGAACAGGUGGGUCUAAGAAGACACUGGCUCAGAGGCAGGUUCCAUAACCCCCAGAAGUCUGGAUUGAGCUGAGUCAGGCACCAGAAGGCCCUAGAAUCACCCAGAGUCCAGCUACUCCUCUCUUCCAAAGCAGCAGUUGAUGCCACAGAGAGCCUUGAUCAGUAAGUGAACCUGGCCACAGAAGGCCACAUGGUUGGAGAGGCUUGGGCAGCCCAUGGAGCAAUGGACUGGAUCUGUAGAUUCAGAAAUCAAUCUGGAGGGGCAUCCAGCUGUCACUCCUUGUAGUAGGGGGGUGUUUUUCCCUACUCUGCCUCUGGAGGGGCACCUACGCAUCCUCCCAUCCACCCCUCUGAGACACAGAACCCCAGCCGGGUUCAGCAGGACAGUACAUAUCCCAGACAGCAUUUGAUCCCUGUGAAAUGAGGUUUUCCUUCAGUGUCCUGCCAGAAAAGCAGGAAUCUGGUCAGCAGCUGCUCUGGUCUUGUUCCCAGGGCUGGGUGCCCAUUGGCUUGGGAGGUAACUGGGUGUGGUGACCAAGAGUGCAGAAGCUGGUGGACAACAGGGUGCUGAAAGUUGUGGCAUCUAAUGACUUCAGAGUGCCAGUAGUGGUGUGGGGGCCCCAUUGUCUGUCUCUGUCUUGUAUCCAGAGUGUAUCUCCAUUUCCCAGACCUCAUCCGUGCCAUGUUGCUAAUCAGUGUUUUGUGUCUUCUUUUGUACUGAGGUAUAUCAGAACACUUCAGGAAAGCUGACUUUUAAGUUCCCACUCUGUGAAGAGAACAUUCCAGGACCCCCGCCCCUGAGAGGGGCCGGGCUCACCAUCAACUCACAUACCCUGACCCCACCCUAGACACCAUGAUUUUUUUGGACUUAGAAGUUCCAAUGAUUUCCACUUGGCCCUGGGUAGGGUUUAUCAUGCCCCUGCCAGGCGGCCAGGUGUAUCUCAACUGUGUACUGCACACAGUAGAGCAUCAGUGUAUCUGUCACCAGCAGCCGGGGGUUCCUCCUUGGCAGAUCUCCUUGGUAAAGCUGGUGAGACUGAGUAGCAUCCCUUGUCAAUUGUGACCGUGAUCUUUGUCUACCCCAUGAUUAUUUUCACAGUGAUGGCAGAGCAUCCUGGCCACGGGGUACUCUGGAAUCACCCUAGAACAUAUGACCAGAUUCUAGCAAUAAAAGUAUCCAAAGGA